AUUUAAGGAAGAAAAAAAAAAAAAUAGAGAGAGAGAUUCGAUCGUAUCGCGCACAAACUCUUCUUCUCUCUCUUACUCUCGAUCUUAACCCAACAAAAACCAGCGUUGCAAUUCUGCGAUUCUGAGCUUAUUCUUCUGGUUCUUGUUCUUCUUCAUCUACCCAAUUUGGGAUAAUCUCGUUCGGUCUAGCAUCCUUCCUCUUCUCUGUUUUAGGGUUCCGAUUGUUGAUUUUACUCGUCAAAUUCCUACUCACAUUCAACGCAUUGCAUUUCCAUUUCCAGUGCCAAUUUCGAAGCUCCUUCAGCUCUCACGUUCGGGUGAUUGAAUUGAAGGAGCACGGUGUGCAAAGAACUCGUCGGCUUGUUGUUGUUCGUUUGAGUUUCGAUUGAAGUUUGGAUGUUUGUUUCGCGGAUGGAUUCCGGGCGGGAAGCCGGCGGUGGAGUUGCAGCAGGGACGGUGUUGAUGCGGUUUGUGUGGCCUCAUGGUGGUCGAAGUGUAUUAAUCACUGGUUCUUUUAACGGAUGGGGCGAGCUCGUCGCCAUGGCUCCUGUUGAAGGUUGUCCUCGAGUGUUUCAAGCAAUUUGCAGCAUAACUCCUGGUUACCACCUGGUGGGUUGGUCUGUGCUCCAGUUUUUCAAUUUUUGUUAUGUAGUUAGAAGUUUCUCCUGGGCAUCUGUAGUAAUUGUUGCUUUUGACAACACAUGUGAGCUUAGUGAAUCGAAUGGCUCAAAUCUCCUCUCUUGUUGAUGAAAAUGUGCAAUCCAAGGCAGUAGAAUAUAUAUUACUUCUUUUUGCUCCCAGAAUUUGUGGUAGAGUAGUUGAUGGAAUAAGUGCAUGAGCUCGGCCCGGAUGUUAAUUUAAAAGAGUUUCGUGUGCGUUUCGGAUUGCACAACUAGCCGCAGAUACGUGCUUUUAAUGGUUGUUUACCUUGAUGAUGAGGUUUUAAUCUGGUUGUUAUCGUGUCAUUUGCAAUAUAGCUUUACUUAUGGUGGUUGCAUCAUGCAGUACAAGUUUUACGUUGAUGGGGAGUGGCGGUAUGAUGAGCACCAAUCUUGGGUAACAAGUGAAUAUGGUCUAGUAAACACUCUCCUCUUCCCAAUGGAUGCCAAUUGCAAUCCUACAAUGGGUUCAGAGUUACAUGCGAACAUGGAGUUGGACAAUGAACACUUUAGGCGUGUGGUUUCACCAACGAUAUCAGAGGCUGAUGUGCAGGCUUCUCGUCAUCGUAUCUCUGUAUUUUUGUCUACACAAACUGCGUAUGAGUUACUUCCAAAGUCGGGCAAGGUGGUUGCAUUGGAUGUCGAUUUACCAGUGAAACAAGCUUUUCAUAUCUUAUACGAACAGGGAGUCCCAAUGGCUCCUCUUUGGGACUUCAGCCGGGGCCAGUUUGUUGGAGUGCUGAGUGCUUUGGACUUCAUCUUAAUAUUGAGAGAGCUUGGCAAUCACGGGUCAAAUUUGACUGAGGAGGAACUUGAUACUCAUACAAUAGCUGCUUGGAAAGAAGGAAAAGCAUAUCUGAAUAGACAAUUUGAUGGCCACGGGAGAGCUGUUACUCGGCAACUCAUACAUGCUGGACCAUUUGACAACUUGAAAGAGGUUGCUCUGAAAAUAUUGCGAAACGAUGUGUGCACAGUCCCCAUAAUCCAUUCAUCAUCAGAUGAUGGAUCAUUCCCCCAGCUACUUCAUCUCGCUUCACUGUCUGGAAUUUUGAAAUGUAUUUUCAGGUACUUCAGACAUGUUUCUGGCUCCUUAUCUGUACUGCAAUUGCCCAUCUGUUCAAUUCCACUGGGCACUUGGGUACCAAAGAUAGGUGAAUCGAAUGGACGACCUUUGGCAAUGUUGAGACCAAGUGCUUCCCUUAGUGCCGCUUUAAACUUAUUAAUUCAUGCUCAAGUAAGUUCAAUACCAAUAGUUGAUGAUAACGAUUCAUUGGUUGAUAUAUAUUGUCGGAGUGAUAUAACUGCUUUGGCAAAGGACAGAGUUUAUACACACAUUAAUCUUAACGAAAUGACUAUACACCAGGCCUUGCAAUUGGGCCAAGACUCGUUUUAUCCAUAUGAGUUGAGAAGCCAAAGGUGCCAGAUGUGUUUACGCUCUGAUUCACUUUUUAAAGUGAUGGAGCGGUUUGCAAACCCAGGUGUAAGGCAAGUGAUCAUAGUAGAAGCUGGGAGCAAACGGGUCGAAGGUAUUGUCACUCUGAGCGACAUUUUCAGAUUCUUGCUCGGUUAGUUCAGCACUACACAGGGGGUGCUCCCAUUUGCAAACACUCCAGCUCAUCCGGGCGGCUUCCAUGGCCCCAGAAUUCCGAUGUAUUACCGAUAUCAACAUGCCUCCUUCCUCUUGUCUGGGCCGACACACAUUGGAGAAAAUCAAGCCCUCAAAGACGAAGGCAAUGCGAUUCGAUUCAGGAGGUUGACAGGUCUUGGUAAUUGGGAAGUUUGUGUGAAAAAUCUUCCUGGCAAGUGGCAACCAGCUACCUCCUGCCAUUUUUUCUCAGCAUUAGGGGUUUUAUUUGUAGGUGAGGAGCAAGAAUGGGUUUCUGUAGUAGUUAAAGCUUAUUGUAUGCCUGCUCCAAGCAGGAGUGGGAGAGGGAGAGAUACCCAGAUCAAGAAAAGUUGAAAAGGGAAAAAAGAAUGGAAGGAGAAAGAGAGAUGGGAAAUUGCUAUUCAUAUGAUUGAUUUAUAGUUUAGAAGUCCCAUAUAAUCUGAUACAUUUGUGAAAGUAAGAAAUAUUGGCUUUUGGU